AGUGUCAUUUGUACUUGAUUAGAAGGUUGAUCGCGGUUCAUUGUCUUGUUUUAUGUUCGUUCACACUUAUCUUUUGUGUACAUACAACAAAUAAGCGUCUAAACGAUAUGAGAAUCCCCAUGACCGGCGGCUUCGAGUGCAUCUCGGUCACAGUGCGUUUCGCUUGCACGUCGUUUCAUUGACGAUAUUAGUCAGCGAUCGGUGAAAAAUGAGUGACAAACCCAACAAAACAAUAACAGGGGCGGGUUCUUCUGCACCGAACAAGAUGCGGCUUUACGCUACAUGGGUUGAUAGAACCCCAUCCAAUUGUAUCCCGAGAUUAUGCUCUUUAACCCUCACGCGUCUCCAAAUCCUCAAACAACUGGGUUCGGAUAUUUCCUCCAUUUCCAUAGCCGUGAAGAUGCAGUCGAGCAAAAGGACUCUGAGAUCAAACGAAUUGGUUCUGCCUCCGAACGGAAUGUUAGACACCAUGCUAGACGUUACUUUUUGUCUUCAAUAUCCCCAUUUCCUGAAAAGAGAGGGCAACAAGCUACACAUCCUGUUGCAAAGAAGGAAGAGAUACAAGAACCGAACAAUGCUAGGGUUCAAGACUUUGGCUGAGGGUGUUAUACGGAUGGAUCAGGUGCUGCAAAAACCUCUGGAUUUGGAACUGGAUUUGACAGCUGACAGCGGAGGGAAGGAUAAAAUCUCAGGUACAUGUGCCAGACUGUACAUUCUCCAAGUUAGUUCGACUCCAGUCGAUCAGCAAGAACCCAAGACCUACAGAGAAAAUUACUUUAGUGAUGAUGAUGACGAAAUAUCUUCUGGCGAAGAGGAAGCAGGCGACCUGUCUGACAGCGAACCAAUCAGAACGAAGCAUCCACAUACCAGGCACAACCUGAAGCAACGUUUCGUCUCUUUGCUGAAACGCUUCAGGGUUCCAGAUUCAGAAGGAGGCCGGGGUGCUGACUUGGACAACCCUAGCGAUAUCCAGGCUCUGUUCCACGAGCUAGGAUCGCUGAGCUGCGAGGAGGAUUCGGGAAACGAACAGGACACCAUGUCGAUAUCCAGCACUCCCAAGCCUAGUCUACGCCCUUUUUUCAGCAGCAGCAAGAGUCUGUUGGAUUCGAAUAAUCUACCGUAUAUCGAAGCUGACAGGGUGGGAGAGGAGAAAACAGCUUCAGGUAGUGACGGUAAUGCAGAUGUUUGUUUUACCGACCCGGAAGGGCAGAGCGACCCUCAGACAGGAUCACCUCCAAGAGAACAGUCAGCUGGGUCGAGAAAACAGACUGGCGAAAGUGAAUUUAGCAACAUUAUGCAGGAAAUCAGCGAGAAAAAAUCGAAGUUGUUUAGGACUUCGGCGUCUUCGGCUAAAAAGAAAAACUCGCUGAGCGUCAGUUCGGAUGUACCUGUUCCAGAAAUCACUGUAAGAAAAGGUUUCAUGGAACAAAUAUCCAGACUGCUGCCCGUCGAGGAGAACCUGCUUCCAGACUGCGUAGUAUUGAUAUCAGGACCCGAGGCGAUGGCCGCCACCAUUACCAAUAGGUUAAGCUCAUUCCAGACGUACAAAGUGUUCCAUCCAACGUCCUCUGUCGAGGUGAAAGCGGUAUUAACAGCUGUGUUUUCGAAAAUACAGAAAUACUGUAAUAGCUGCGCGAAACCCAGCACACCCCUCAAAAUCGUGCUAGUCGGUGGCGAUAUCCUAACCGGAUGGUUCGUACGCCCCUACGUCGAGAUGCUGAGCAGCAAACCAUCCGAUUGGCUGUCGUACACGCGGCUCUUUGUCGUUCCGCUCGGUAACAGCGGCGUGUCGCGCCAUUUGGCAACGCUGGACAGCGGCUAUAUGACUUUGUUCCCUGCGGAGAACGAUCCAAAAGGAGACGAUAUUGCUCAAAGAUUAGUUAGGUAUACUUCUGUCCCUAUCACUGCUCCUCUGGCUCAACUUCCUAUUGGCGAAGCUAUGUUGACAUGUUACGACGAAACUAGUCAGUUAUUCAUUCCAUUUAUUAACGAGGUAAGAGUUGGUCCCGCAGAUCACGUUCUCUCAGUAUCUGUGGAUAUGGACGACAUCUGUUCCAGUCCCCCCGCUCCCUCACUAACCCCGCCCUCCUCCCCAAACGUUCAAGUGAGGGAAUCUCCAUGGGAACCGUUAGAAUUACAGAUCGACUAUUGGCAGAUGCCCAAGUUCAAUGAAAACCUCAUAAAGACUGACAAAGACAAAACUAAGCAGGACGGUAAGACGUCACUGAAGGGAGUUUUCAGGGGCUUGCAAGCGUCGCCGAGCAGUAACGCUGGCCUGUGCGUCAAUAUGCACAUGGCCAGUAAAGAGAAGAAACAAAAAAUUAUGAGACUGGGCAAGAAGAAAGAGAAGGAAAAAGACUCUGAGCCUCGGAGUCAGAGUGUCGAGGGCGUGUCCAGGUUGAUAUGCUCUGCCAGGGCUUCGCAUACUGUCCCUAUGAGAGUUUAUAUCGACGGUGUGGAGUUUGCAGGCGUCAAAUUCUUCCAGCUCAGCUCGACCUGGCAGACGCACGUCAAAAACUUGACAGUCUCCCUGGUGGGCGUGCCCUUGGCCAGCACCGAAAUGAACUGAACCGGCGCCAUCUGUCCGCGGCUGUUGCGAAGUAAACUAAACGUAGGUUUGUUCCGCGCGUUGCCAUUUCGACAAACGCUUGCUUUUGCUAGCUAUACAGUUUUUUCCGUGUUUGUUGAUUAAUACUGCGCAGUCCUCAAGUUUUUUCUAUAAGCGAGAAAGGUCUAGGCGUUUUUUGUAAGAGUAGGAGCUUUAGCGGGUCUGUUUGGGCACCGUAUGAUUGUAAAACAAAUGUAGUUAAGUGGGUUGUAAUUUUUUUAAGUAAAUUAAAAUUAUUUUUAAAGUUUUUUAGUUGUGUGGAGUUAUAUACUUGUCCGUUUAUUAAAUUCUGUCCAAAAAGUCAGGGAAGAUUUGGAUCUUUGAAUCAAAAGAUUAAGGAACUUGACAGUUCAGUGUGACGAUUCAUUUGACACAUCUGAAUUUGAUUUGAAAUUUUGUGAAGUUUUUACUGAGCUUAUUUUAUGUUAUUUGUUAUUUAUUCUACUACUGAUAGUUGUUUAAAGGUAGUAAAUUUUGAAGGAACUUGUGGCAUAAGAAUUUAGAUACGUCAAUUUGACUUACGCUCUUCAGUAACGUAUC